UAGUCACGCAUAAGUGUGAAAACUAAACGCGUCCAUCAUUUUGACAGUUCUACCGCCUAUCACUUCAUUCACUUCACUUCCUAUCGCGUAUUGUGAUUGUGCUUGCAAAUAUGCUAAAAACCCAAUAAAAUACACUCAAUUACGAGCCUAAUCGAUCAUUUACUUGAAGUUUCAGUGUUACAAUACAUUCUCCGGCAACAAUUUGAUGUAUUUGUCGUCAAACUGGCGGGCAAUGUUAGAAUGUUUUCAUCUAAUUUCGAUUUACACAUGGAUGGAAUUGAUGACAACAUGGCGGAGCAGCCGAGCAAUGACACCGAGAUAAAGCUGAGCUGCCGGACCAUCUGCAUCGGAUCCUACUCCUACAAGCCACACAGCAAGGUCCGCAUAUCAUCCGAAGGCGUCACAAUCGUGGCCCCGGGGCUCCGGCGGCGCGCCAACGACGACAUCAUACUGCACAUCCCGCUGAAGAGCUUCGUCCAUGUUUUAGCGAGGGCUGAAGAGCGACCAGCCAUACUGCUGUACACUGAGGCUAAAACUGGAGAAUAUGUCCGAAGCGCUCUGGAUAUGCAUUUAGAGUCAGGCACAUAUUUCGAACCGUCGUCAACCGUCGACGAACACAAACGAAUAACCCUCGUGCCGCGCUUGUUGACGCGGCGCUGCGUGACGGCGCUGCGCUCGCUGUUCGGGAUGGUGCUGGACGAGCUGGGCGAGCCGGACGCGCGGCGGCUGGGCGGGGCGCGGGGCAGCAGCGAGCGCGACAGUGACCCUAGAGAUCAGCUAUCGCCUAAGGCGGCCCCGCGCACGGACCCGCCGUCAAGAUCAGAAACACCGAUCAACGUUAAAGGCAACGCGUCGACAUCCGAAGACGACGUGAUAUUCCCCCCCUCCCCCACCCCCAUCUCCAUCUCCUCCCACUCCUCCACCCCCACCACCCCCAAAUCCUCGCCCUCCUCAAAAAAGAGGAAAAACAGGAAAAAGAAUAAGAGUAAUAAGAAAAUGAAAUACGUCUUAGUGAAAAAUCCUGAGCCGCACGCGGUGGACGCGUUUUUGGCGGGCGUUGCGCCUAUUUUAAAAAGUUUGUCGCCCGUUUUUUUAAAUUUGGCGAAAAGUGAAAUUAUUUCUGCCGCGCUGAAGUAUGAGAGGAAAAUGUUGACUGAGAAUUGUAACGGUGUUAGUGAAAAAUAGUUUUUUUUUUAAGUUUUGGGUCGUUAAGUUGGACUGACUCGCGUAAAGGCUUAAGCUUAAGGCCCAAGGCUCUGAUCUGAAGACACUUAAGGCUCGUUGCGGUAGCAGUAAUCCUGAGGCUUAUGGAGUUUAAAGCCUUGAAUAAAUUAAGAAUUAAUCAUAACAAAUGUUAUUGUUUUAAGAUGAUCAAUUGUAAAAUAGUUAAGUCUUAAAGACUUGGAAUGGAAGAUAUCAAACAAUUUGUUUAACCGUUUGACCGCUACAUACGCCUUUUUAUACUACGUCGGUGGCAAACGAGCAUACGGCCCGCCUGAUGGUAAGCAGUCUCCGUAGUCUAUGUACGCCUGCAACUCCAGACGAGUUACAUGCGCGUUGCCGACGCUAACACUCCGCACCCUCGUUGAGCUCUGGCAACCUUACCUAUCUUACGUAGGUCUAUAC